CCUUCCUCCCCGCGUAUCGCAUGAGGGACCGACCUGGCGGAGACGCUGCUUGAGCGCUUCGACCUCCCUCCUGCCUCGGACUCGAGGUAGGAGUAUCCUUGCCUGCCUCCCGAGUCACGCAGGAGCCUGCCUGUCUUCGGCUGAUAGCUCCUGACCCACGGCACUAUGCCAGAAUCGAGUCCUUCGGAAGUCCUCGUCGCUCAAGAGGAGUUGGCCGUGCACAUCUGUGAGGCACAGGAAAAGGUGCAGAAAGACAUCAUCGCAAAGAUGAUCUUCGAUCCCAGCCCUGCACCCAGACUCCGCUUGGCAGCGGGUGGUGAAGGAGCACCGGCGUCUCCAGCGAUCGAAGAGCCAUUUGCGCGGGUCUCGGAAUCGGCGGAGAAGCGCAAUCCUCCAGGUGAAAACCAGGGCGUGCGCAGGAGAGUUGGUAUUGGGUGCAACCAACGGCAGGGGCUGAAGGUUGACUCGGACCCUUUGAUCUACAGUCCAGUGUCAGGGUGGGAGCAGAACGGGCGAGAAGACGAGGAGACCAACUGCUUCAUCCCCUGGAUUGAUCUAUUUCUUCCUGCAUCUAGUCCAUAUGGAUUAGACAGAAACCCGCUGGACCAAGUGAAGCCUCUCCGGGAGUGGAAUUUUUGAAUGUGUGUUACAACAUGUGAUUUGGGCAGAGGUGGUUGACUUGUGAAAAUGAUACACGAUCUUUCGUUGUACAUGCGGUUUCUUGAGAUUCGUGAUGAAUAGAAUUCCUUCUUACACUGUGA